AUGAGCCUCCUCAACAAGCCCAGCAAUGAGAUGACCCCGGAGGGCCUGCAGAAGCGAGAUGAGGAGUUCAGCGCAAGGUCUCUGUCGCUGCUCGGAUCUGUCUAGGACAACACCCGGGCGCUCAUCAACAGGAAGCUUCUGGGCGGAGUGAAGGCCACCGACAAGCACAGCUGGAACAUGGUGCUGGGGCAUGUGAAGGAGACGUGCACUGAGGUCCCCAAGAGUGACCAGGGUGAGAAGCCCAAGCCAUCAACAGGGACCGCCAACAAGGACCGCUAUAUCUCCAAGAUGUUCCUGACAGGGGGCGGGACCCCACUCAUCCCCACCAAGCGGGGCCACAGCACCGCCCUGGGAAGUCCUGUCCUGCGGGUCCAGAAGAAAAAAUACUCAGGGUUUUUGUUAAAAAAAAAUAAAAGUGAGUGCUAG